CCUCCAGGUUUGCGCCUGCGCAGCGGAGUCGCGGGUGGGCGGAGCUGGUCGGGAUGAGUGGCGGAGGGACAGAGACCCCUGUAGCGUGCGAGGCCGCCCAGGGCGGCGGCGGCGGCGGCAAGAAGCGGGACUCGCUGGGGACUCCGGGUGCGGCGCACCUCAUUAUCAAGGAUCUUGGAGAAAUUCAUUCAAGGCUUCUGGAUCACAGACCAGUUACCCAAGGGGAAAUUCGUUAUUUUGUAAAAGAAUUUGAAGAAAAACGUGGUCUUCGAGAAUUGCGAGUUCUGGAGAACUUGAAGAAUAUGAUCCAGGAAACAAAUGAACUCAUGCUUCCCAAGUGCAGAGAGACGAUGCAGGAGGGCCUGGAGGAGGCCCUGCAGAGACUGCAAGCCGCCAACGACUCCAUCUGCAGACUCCAGCAGAGAGAACAGGAACGGAAAAAGGUGAUUAAUGACCACUUGACAGCCAGUGAGAAGGGGCGUCUGGUCCAGUGGGAGGAGUUCAUGAAAGAACAGCCGCAGCGCCGAGCUGAAGUGGAUGACGAGCACAGAAGAGCCAUGGAAAGGCUCAAGGAGCAAUAUGCCGCAAUGGAGAAGGACCUAGCAAAGUUUUCCACCUUCUAAGAAUUUGACCUACAGGGACAGAUGAAUGAGAAACUUUCCCCCAAAUCUUCCCACCAACCACGUAGUCUCUUCUUCAAGUUUAGAAAUAUACUCAGUGGCACUCUUAGGUCUGAAGAGAGAAGCUUCUGGAGCCAGAUAAAUGUCCAGUGGAAGAAGAGUGCUUACAUGCCUAAACGUCAUCUUUUGAAGGAGAAGAGUGAACAUGGGACAAAUGUAUUACUAAUCAAAUGUGGUCUUCUUUUCAGUGAUUAGCUUAGAUUGCUGUGUGUCCAUUUCUUCAAGAAUCCGCUUCAUUUUCACCAAGGGUAAAUGGUUUCUCAUUGUGGAUUAAAUGGCAAGUGUGCAGCUGCCUGUCACAGCUUCCCUAAGGAAGGGUCACUAGCUUUUCCUGUGACAGAUGCCAUGGUGGCCUUUGAACAACGUGCUUGGAGAUACCGUAUUUUGCAGUACAACACAAUACCGUGUAUUUCACUGGGUGACAAGACAUACAUGAUUGGUGGCCUUGUAGCAUUUAAUAUUUUCAUCUUGUAAACUGUGCUUAGGAGAAAAUUUCCACCCAAAUAUAUUUUCACAUUAGCAUCUCCAAGGACCAUCAUCUUGCCCAUAGAUAGUACUUCCUCCACCUUUAGGUCCAUUUUGCUUAGGGUAGGCUCUUUAAAGAUCAGCAUCUGUGCAUGCUUCAGCUGCUCAGCAGAGUCCGCCACGGAGUCCCUACAGAACUGUGUCGGACUGGCUCUGGGCAGACAAGGACUGUUCACCCACACAGCAGGUGAUCUGUGUUAGAGGUACUAAUGUCUGUUCUCCAGCAGUUGUGUCCGUAUGGAACACCACUGUUCAUCACCACUGUGAUCUUUCCACUCUUGCACUUAAUCUAACUGAAGAACCAUGUUGAACUUCAUUGCUAUAAAUUGAACAGAAGUGCAUGCAGUCAUUUGAGGAGCUGCAUAGCCAGUGGGUAUGAGGUGCAGAUGAGUCUUUCUAGUAUUUUCUGUUGCUCUUCAGUCAAGAAAGGUAAGAAAAAAUACCUCACUCUCUCAGGAUAUCUCCAUGUUCUCACUGCAGAAAAUUGACAAUGCUUGCCUGUGUAAAUGUAUGGCCGACUGUGAAAGCUUCAUUCUUAGCUCAUGUUGAAAUGUGAUUAAAGCUAAUAGAAGAGAUGAAAUAAGUAUUUGAGAUUUCUUUCAGUAACACUGAACUUGUGCCAACUUUCUCUGUCUGCUACUGUAGGCCUGACAGGUUCAUCAAUCAUCCUCUGCUCCCUGGACUGCAAGAGCACUUGCUGACACAGAAGCAUGCUAGAAUUUUCUUAAUUCUCUCUCUUUCAGUGGAUGGAAAAAAAUUUCCAAAAAUAUCCCACACGUGAAAAGGAAAGGGAGGGGGCCACAAGUAAAAAUCCUCUUUGUAGCAUAGGCACUUUUUGGAAUGUCAUUAGUGACCACCACACUAUUAAUAGCUGCUGUGACCAAAUCAGAAUUCUGGGUGCCAGUGGACAUGUGUACUGUGGUCACUGGACACAUAGCACAGCAAAGAUUUCUGGUGUUUUGUGUGCAUUACAAACAAAUACUUUACCUCCUAAAUUUGUGUAUAACAUAAAUCUUUCUAAGGAGUGCAGACCAGGGCAGUUUCUAAGCUUUCCAUAUUAAUGCACUCAGUUUUCUGUAGCACUGUUAAAUUUCUAAAAGGGUCGGUUGGUUUGCUUUCCUGCUGUCCUGUUCAGUGGUGAACACUUCUCCUUUCCUUCCUUUCCAGAUCAUCUUUGUUACCUAUUCUUAAAAUAUUCAAAUGCAUAAUUGGCAUUUGUUCUAUGUUGAACAGAGAUACUAUGGGUUAUGUGUGGCUCACACGAUUCUAACAAUCAAAUGAAAUAAUAACUUAUAAUUUUGAACUAUUAGGAAAUGUUGGUUUGAGUGUAUUUUCUGGUUGUAAUUGAUUUCUCCUUGAUAUGUGACAUUUUCUUUUUUGUUUCCUAACAUAUAUGAAUUUUAAAUUCUAUUUUUAUUAUUGAUUCCUCCCAUAGUUGAAGUCUAGUCAGAGAAUAGGUACGUAUAUGAUUGAAUUGUUCAGAUUUGUUAGAGUUUGCUUUGUAGUGUAGGCAUGGACAGUUUCACAACUGUUUCAUAGUGUAUAGAAAAUGUACACUUCCGGCUGGGUGUCUACAUGAUCUUUCAGAUUCUGCAUUAUGUUAGAAUUUCCUUUUCUGCUGGGUUUACUAUUUUAUCCCUAAGACUAACUGUUAAUUUUUGUUUUAUGUGUUUUUGGGGCACUGUUGCUAAGUACAUUUAGCCCCAACUAGAUGUGUUUCAAAAAUUAGAGGUUUUUUUUCCUGGUUAUUUUUAGUUAGAAAGUGUAAUCCACUUAUACUUCUUAAAACUACUGAUAUAUUAGGAUUUGCUUAGAUCAUUAUAAACUUUUAGCAUUUAUUUAUUGGGGGAAGACAGACCACCACAUGUGUGGAGAUCAGAGGAUAAUUUGUGGGCGUCCAUUCUCCCUUCUGCCGUAUGGAUUCUGGGGAUCAAGCUCAGCCUUACAUUUUGUCGUGUGUUUGGCCCCUUUCCUGCUUUUUCACAGCCUUCGUUUUCUUGCCUUCUUUUGGAUAGAAUGUUUUUCCAUGUACUUCUCUUAUACUAGUUUCGAGGUUGAAUAUUCAUUUCAUGCUCACCAGAAAAUUUAGCAUGCAUUAGUAGACAAAACCUAAAUUUCCUGUUCUUCCCCCUGUUAAACAUGAGAGCUUUUGAACAAUGUCUGAUUUCCUCCCUCAACUUACAAAUCUAGACUUUUAGUUCCCUCUUGUUUGACUCCCUGAGCAGUUUUGUGUGCUGUUUGCUCAGACUUGGGUUUUAUUUCCCUGGAAAGCUGUCAGGGUGCAUUUGCAGGGGAUGGUUAUUUUCGUUCUCCCUGUCUUAGCCUUGUUGCUUCUGAAAUGGCACCUGGCCUCUGAAGUGACACCUGUCUGUGUGACCAGCACUCCUUUGUCCUUCCUUGGUCACUUUCAAGAUCCUCCCCUUUAGUGAUGGUUAGGCAUUCUGCUUUCCCAGCACCACCGAUUUCUCCCUCAAAACACUGCAAACCCUGGACCACAUCCCCUUUAUCCCUGUGUAUAACCCAGGUUGUAAGUUCUGACCUGUCCUACAAAGGAGCAAGAUCUGUUGCCUCUCAUUGCCACGUUGAUUAGUGCCUGGGCAUCCCAGGCAUAGAAGAGAGAUUUGAGCCUCCAAUACCCACGGUAGCCUGCAGCUGCCCUUCCACAGCCCUGGCAUGAAAAUUUGAUCAUUUUGUAGCAAAAGGAAAGAAAAAGACUAAAGUCUGGAUGAGAAGAGAAAGAGACACCAGAGCAUGGUUCUUGUUUUGCUUUCUCUCACCCCUUGAGCACAGGGAAAAGGUUAUCUGAGGGUCUAGCAAGAAGCGAGGCUGGCGAUCUGACAGCCAGAAAGAGGGGCCUCACCACAAGUGUUUGAGCAUCUCCAUCUUGGACACCGUGGCUUCUGGGUCUGAGAAGAGUGGUUUCCUAUGGUUGAGCCACCCACCCUGUGACAACCAGCGUAGACUGCCACCAUCCCUGCCUUUUAUUCUUGUCACUCGUGUAGACACGGCUGCUUGAAACCCAGACCCUUCCAGCCAGAAGGAAGGAGACACCUCCAGGGCAGUUCCAGUACCAGAGCUAAGUUACCCUGGAGAAUUGUGUUGUCUUCCAAAUCGGCUUCAUUUGUUUUCAUUAACUUCCCGUGAACUCAGCUAUGAAAAAAAGAAUACAGCUUAAAUCAUUUCUUGUAGCAUUUUGGGGGGUAUUCCGUAGCCAGAGAGAUCUCUGUGUAUGGAGACGGCUAAGGAAGUAUGUGGCCAUUUUGCCACAUU